UGGAGAGGCACAUAUCGGAGGAGGGGAAAUCGUACAUCUCCAAAGGUGGGGAGCACUGUUACUACCAUGGGAAGGUGCGGGAUAUCCCGGAAUCCUUUGUGGCGCUAUCCACUUGCCACGGAUUACAUGGGAUGUUUUUUGAUGGAAACCACACAUACAUGAUUGAACCAGGAGAGGAGGGCAAUGAUAGCGAACAUGUCCAAGUGCACAUGAUUUAUAAGUCGCCUGGUCUCCAGCCUCCAGAGGAUUACGUCCCUCCAAUUGGUCUUGUGGAGUCACCGUUCCAGAGCCCCCCACUUUUCACCAGAGCCGGCCUCAAGAGGAAGAAGAGACAAGUAUCAAGAAGUCCCCGCAACGUCCAAGACGAGACCAAAUACAUUGAGCUAAUGGUUAUUAAUGAUCACCUGAUGUACAAGAAGCAUCGUCUUUCGGUGGGACAGACGAACAACUACGCCAAGUCGGUUGUGAACAUGGCUGAUUUGAUCUUUAAGGAGCAACUGAACACUAGAAUCGUCCUGGUUGCCAUGGAAACGUGGGCAGCAGACAACAGGUUCAACAUUAACGACGACCCUAUGAUCACGCUUCGAGAGUUCAUGAAGUACAGACGAGAUUUCAUCAAAGAGAAGAGCGACUCCGUCCACCUCUUUUCGGGCAACCGUUUCCAUAGCAGCUGGGGAGGAGCUUCGUAUAUGGGAGGAGUCUGUUCACUGACUAAAGGCGGAGGAGUCAAUGAGUAUGGAAAAACAGAAGAAAUGGCCAUCACUCUAGCGCAGUCACUGGGCCAAAACAUUGGCAUUUUCUCUGAUAAGAAAAGGAUUCUGAAUGGGGAGUGCAAGUGCGAUGAUAAAUGGUCUGGCUGCAUAAUGGACGAUGUUGGCUUCUACCUGCCCAAGAGGUUCUCCGACUGCAACGUAGAGGAGUACCACAACUUCCUAAACAGCGGCGGAGGGGCGUGUCUCUUCAAUAAACCCUUUAAACUGCUGGACCCUCCGGAGUGUGGGAACGGGUUCGUGGAGCCGGGGGAGGAGUGUGACUGUGGAACCCCAGCGGAGUGUGCUAGAGAAGGAGAGAACUGCUGUAAGAAGUGCACCCUGACUCAGGGCUCUAAGUGCAGUAAUGGUCUCUGCUGCAAUAACUGUCAGAUGGAGUUUAUGGGUGUGAUCUGCAGAGAGGCUGUCAAUGACUGUGAUAUACCAGAGAACUGCACGGGGAACUCCAGCCAGUGCCCUCCAAAUGUACACAAAAUGGAUGGCUACACUUGUGAAAAAGAUCAGGGCCGUUGUUUUAACGGGAGAUGCAAAACCAAAGACAGACAGUGCAAGUACAUCUGGGGAGAGAAGGCGAUGUCUGCUGAUAAGUUCUGUUACGAGAAGCUGAACAUCGAGGGCACGGAGAAGGGGAAUUGUGGGAAGGACAAGGACACAUGGAUUCAGUGUAAAAAGCAGGAUGUGCAGUGUGGAUACCUGCUGUGUUCAAACAUCUCUCCAGCACCCAGACUGGGAGAACUGCAGGGAGGCCUGACCUCCUUUUCUGUGGCCCAACACAGCGCUUCACUGGACUGCAGUGGAGGGCAUGUGAUUAUAGAUGGAGACACUGAUUUGGGUUACGUGGAAGACGGCACGGCAUGCGGGACUGACCGUAUCUGCUUCAACCACAAAUGCCUCCCAAUGCAGGAGUUCAACUUCAGCACCUGCCCCGGCACCAACGACAGAGUCAUAUGCUCUGGACACGGGGUAUGCAGUAAUGAGCUGAAGUGUGUGUGUCACCUGGGCUGGGCGGGUGAAGACUGUAACUCCACAUCUCCUCUCAGCUACCUGGUGGUGGGACCCACAGCCACGUCCUCAGGCAUCAUCAGUACCAACAUCAUCAUCGGAGCUAUCGCUGGAUCUAUUCUCGUCCUGGCCCUCAUACUGGCCAUCUCCGCAUGGGGCUACAAGAGCUACCGACAGCGGCAGUAUGCAGAGUCUGAAGUGCAUCGAAGGUUCUGCCGGCAAAUGCCGGCGGGCGACUACGUGAAGAAACCGGGCGAUGCCGACUCGUUCUACAGCGACGUUCCGCAGGGCGUGAGCUCCAACUCAGGCAGCAGCUCCAAGAAGAGGUCUAAUGGUUUGUCCCAUUCCUGGAGUGAGAGAAUUCCAGAUGCCAAACACAUUUCUGAUAUCUGUGAAAACGGACGGCCCAGGAGCAACUCGUGGCAAGGGAACAUUAGCGGCAACCGUAAGAAGCUGAAAGGGAAGAAGUUCCGUCCUCGUUCCAACUCCACAGAGACGCUGUCGCCGGCCAAGUCCCCGACCUCCUCCACGGGCUCCAUCGCCUCCAGCCGAAGAUACCCCUACCCCAUGCCCCCACUCCCCGACGAGGAGAGGAAGGCCAACAGACAGAGUGCCAGGCUGUGGGAGACAUCAAUAUAAAGGAUCUCCUCGCAAAUACUCUGCAAAAUCUCCUUAAGGACUACGUUCUCCUCCGCUUUUAUACAAACGAGAAAAAACGAAACAAAUGAGAAAAAAAGAGAAGUCGAAACGGAACAACUGGAGAAAGGGGUGAAUUGAUUUCGAGUCCUCCGGGAUCAGCGGUGUCCAUCGGAGGGUGGGCGCAAACCCCCCCGCAAGCUUUCGAAGAGCACAGCCGUCAUUCUCCCACCACUGCAGUCGCCCAACACGGGACUGGGGAACUUUGCUUUCGGUCCAAAAGGUAAAGCCAGGCACUGCUCCGGCCACGCCGAGUAGAGGAGCCAGCGGAAGAGGCGGGGUAUCAAACUGUGAGCCACGCCCCCAGCCACUCCCCCAGUAAUGCAGAGACAAUAAAGCCCCGCCCCUAAACACCAAUAAUGUCUUGUGAUUGGUGUCCUUGUUGCCAUGGUGUGAGAAGGCCAUCAACCCUGGAUGUGACUUUUGUUUUUCGAAAGCACGCGUUCAACUGUAGAAACUUCCACUGUAUGCAUGAGAAUACAUGUUUAUCGACUCAUUGUAGUGCUAAAGACGACGACGACGAUGAAAAAUAAUAUUUUAAUAAAGGUCAGUCACGCUAGGGGACCGCAUGUCUCAGAGGGAAGUUCUGUAGGCCGGUAAGAUUUAUUUCUUAUUUUUAGGCUUGAGCUCAUCAUACAGUGCAUCGAUGCUAAUAACAACAUCCAGCCCCGCCCCCCCGCCGUUACACUAUCUCUUAUUCUGUUAACGUUACUUUCUUCUUUUCUCAGAGAUUUCUGUAAAUAUGUAUAAUUCAAAGACAAGGAGUGAAACGUGUGCUUGUUUUUUUUUUCCCGUUUCGCUUUCUUUACUUUUCCCCUUUAUUUGCACUUACAAUUGGUAGGUUCUAGAAGAAACGUGAGUUCAUGUUCGUAUGUUCUUUAUGGAUCGGGAUCGUCCGGAAAAAUGUAAAUCUGCCUCCUUCGUCAUUUUUGUUUUCGACUCAUCUUUGUGUUUCCUAAAUCCCCCCGAGAUCCACCGUCCAAACCGAGUUCAUUUACUCACACGCUUUAACUGCAUCUUGGAUCUGUAGUUCGCCCUCAAGAGUAAAGAAUGUCGCAGUUCUAAAAAGGUUAUGGCGGAAUGCUGGUUUUGGAUGCUUCGCUGUGAAUACUACGAUUACAUGCUGUGCUAUUACUGACGGACAUUGCCGUGAACUUGUUCGGAAUAUCGGUGCGAUAGAUCCUCCCCUGAAGUGCACUAUGUAUAAUAGUUUGUCAUUUAAAAAGCUGUUGAUGAAAUGUUUUUCAGUGUUGGGGAGAAAAAAAAACGUCUAAGUGGAUGGUGGGGGUCAUGGAUUAGGAAAAAGAGGUCUGUUCUCAGCCACAUUGGGGGUUCUGUGAAUGUAAAAUAGGCUGAAAAGAUCUCUGUACAUCCUCCAGGUUCUUCAGAAUACUUGUGGAGCAAUUUGAAGCAGCAGUCUGCUGUGGAAGUACUGAUCCUGUAGACCAUCCAUAACCUAAGUCAUCCAUAACCUUAGUCUCAUCAUUUUGGGAUUUCUUUUGCCAUUCGAUUAAAACGUGACUGCUUCUGAGCAAAGUCGGAACUACAAAGGAAGCCUUGUGAGGUUUUAGGAUGCUGAGAGCUUUUAAAGGAAUACUCCUGCACUUUUCAGCCUAAUCUCUGUAUUCUGUAAUCUGUACUGCACCGUUAAUCACCACGGACGGUAAUCUCCGCAUCCCUGUGCGUAGAACAGAACAGAAAACCUGAGGCUCUUCCAUAUAGAAGCCAUUGGGCAGGUCCUGAAUUCUGCCAGCCAACAUGCGAAACAUAUUUUUGUAGAAAGCUUGUCAAAAUUCCUCAAAGGUAUUUGUAAAUUAAGCUGUUAAUCUGUGCCGGUUGUUGUUUCAGAGAUGGGACUGGGUUUCCAGAGGGAAGAAUUUGGUCAAACAUUGCCAGUGUAGUGGUGUAGGUGGAGGCUUCUGCCUGAUUUCCAUGGAUACCAGAGAACAAAUCAAACUGCUUUAUUACUGUGUUGCUUUAGGGUUUAAAAUUUGGCUAAAACUUCAUAAGAACAGCUGUACUAAGACAGUCUCUCAGUGUCACCAGACUGGUUCUGUUAAGGCCGUCAAACACCAAGCGCAGUUUAUUUGUGUGAUUUAUCCAUGUAUUACACACCAAACGGCAUUUUACUGACGGGAAAAAUGCAGCUUUAUUUGAUUUUUGAGAACUUUCAACGGUGACAUGAACUCAUUCGACCGAUCACUGAGUGUGUUUACUUGCACUUAAUAACCCAAUAGCUGCAGAAAAUCAGACUUUUUGAGUAAAACGCAUUUACAUACACUUGGAUAAUCAGAUAAUGGGAAACUUUUCCAGGGUCUAACUUAUGUAUUCUAGUCCUGACUGUAACCAAGGCACGCUGUCCCUACGUGUUGUGAUUUAGCGUGAAACAUGAGGCUAAGUAAACUUGCGUGCCUAAAUCUAUUUGGAAACCCCCACCCAAGGCCAACUCACCUGCUGCCGAGCCUCUAAGUCACCUGGAAAGGGGUUGGGGUCAGCCCAAGCCUUGAGCCUGUGGUCGACUAGCUCAAGCUGUGCCCAUGAUAGCGUUCAGGUUUUAUUAGUCGGUGGAAUGGGUGCUCCGACAAAAAUCCAAAACAUAGACAAAAGGAGUCCACGAAAGGGGAACGAGAGCAUCAGAGAGAGAGAAAGACGCCCACGGGGCCAACCAAAAUCAUUGUUUUCCCGCCGUUGACCUCCUUUCUUCCGGCUAAGCCCCAUCACAAUUAAUAAAGGCAUACGUGAGGUGUUUGGCGCCCCCGUGUGGUUCCAACAUGAAAGUCAGUAUCUGCCCCGAGCUCAUAACUUUCCCAACAGGUUGAAAUCAGAUUUCAGCAACCAGCCAGUAAACUCACAGAAGAGGUGACAUAAAUGCAAUGUCAAACUCAAACGUCAUUCAGUGGCAUUUUUUAAACAUCGAGUCACUUUAGUGGAAAAUAUGAAAAUACAUCAUAUAGAAGAUGAAGAAUAUUUAAAUAUUUCAUUUCGUCAAGCAUGUAGCAUGUAGCUUUGCUCCGAAAGUGCUUUGUCUUGUCGUGGGUGCUGUGUUAAACGUUACUUGUUAUUUCCAUUACAGCGCUCUGUUUCCACUCAUGCACAGACUGAGAAAACGAAAGAAAUCAGAGUAAGGGUAUGCAUGCACUGAAAAUGCUGAGCACUGAGCUACAAUUCAGAUCUCUUUUUCGGAUUAUAGAGCGUGCUGUAUACAUGAUCACUCGAAUAAUCAGAUAACUGCCAAAAUCCAAUAACGGUCGGAUUAUUAAGUGCAUCUAAACACACCCACUGUUGGGUAGGCGCUGGUAUAGCAAUGAAGACAUUUUUUACUGCACAAACGACACAGCAGAAUUCAACAUCUUCCCAUUGGCUUCCAUUCUGUGCAGAUCAGGUCAGCAGGUUUUCAGUGUUUUUCUAAAUCCAGGAAGAUGCACAAGGCUGUAUGUCAUGGUAGUCAACAUUGUGCUACAUUUACAGAAGAUAGAGAUCAGUUGAAAAAACAGGAGUUUUCCUUUAAGGUCACCUAAGAGGAGAAAACCCAGUGCGGUCAGUAUUGUAUUUGUCGUGUGUGAGGUAGGCCGGCUUCCUGGCCUUCAUCUGUAAAUAGUCUUCAUGUUCACUAAGCCUGCUGUGUCUGUAUUCUGAAGAUGCAUUUGUUUCUCAAUGUGGGCACCAAUUUUCUUUACCGCUGUCUGCACUCGGACUGUACAUGCAACAAAAACGUUACGGCGACGUCUGAACAGCGUCGCCCGAACACACGCAAGAAGUAUUUCUAAGGCAUCUUUGUAAUGUUCUUUUAUUCCCCACCCCUGUAUUCUUGUAUGUACACAUUUAAUCCCAAAAUUAAGUGCAUUAUGAUUAUUAACUACAAUAGUUCUUUGUGUAAACUGAGAUUUAGGAACAGGUGCAGUCUUUUAUUUUGUGAACGGUCAACUUUUUACACCACAGGAAUGACAACAUGGUCGCUCUCCCCAGCGUUUCUCUUUGUGUAGAAAUAUGAUUUAAUGCUUCUCUCUGUCUCUCUCUCUCUGUCUCUCUCUCUCUCUCUCUCUCUGUCUCUCUCUCUCUCUCUCUCUCUCUCUCUCUGUCUCUCUCUCUCAGUCAUCUACAUACUCCUCUAAUUCUUUUCCUGGGCAGUGUAGAAGUGCAUGGCUCUACAUGGUCUUGCUGAAGGCUGCACCCAAAGGCACCCAAAAAGAAGAAA